AUGCCGCCGCCUUCCGCUGCCUCCGGCACCGCCCGGCCCGUCCCCUCAGCCGCCUCCUCAGACAGCCGCCGCGACGCCGGACCGGGGAAGCCCGCUGCCGCCUCCGCCUCACUCCUCAGCAGCCGCAGCCGGGUCCCCUCCCGCGGCUCCGGCAGCAGACGCCUCGUCCCGCCGUGCCCCGCCACGCAAUCCCGGAAUCCGCCCGAAGAAAGCCCGACUACUCCGCCGCCGCCUCCGCCGCCCUUUUCCCAGCCCGUCUUGCUCCGCACCGCCGCCGCCUUCAGACCUUGCCCCGCCCUCUGCAUCACGCCCCGCCGCAGCCGCCGCCGCCUGACAUCCUUGCCUGCUCCCGCACUCCUCCGGGCCUCGUUCCUCGCCGCACCGGUACCAACUGAAUUAAUAGCCUUGAUUAACAGGCCAGGAAGUAUCAAAGGCGGCCUGUCUGAUGUGUUUUCCAAGCGCGAAGGAAAACCCGGUGCUUGCUUGGAGAAAUGGGAAGGCAUAAGGGAGCACGGGACUGAAAGCAAAGCCUGA